GGCGAGGAGGAAGAACCCCCUGCUUCGGUAGUAAUGGGUGGCUUGGAGAAAAAGAAGUAUGAGCGAGGCUCUGCUACCAACUACAUCACCAGAAACAAAGCCCGGAAGAAAUUGCAGCUGAACCUUGCAGAUUUCAGGCGUCUGUGCAUUCUAAAAGGGAUUUACCCCCAUGAGCCCAAACAUAAGAAGAAAGUGAACAAAGGCUCUACUGCUGCCCGGACUUUCUACCUUCUCAAAGACAUCAAAUUCCUCUUUCAUGAACCAAUUGUUAACAAGUUCCGGGAAUAUAAGGUGUUUGUCCGCAAGUUGCGCAAGGCAUACGGCAAGUAUGAAUGGAACUCUGUGCAACGGCUGAAAGACAACAAACCAAGCUAUAAGCUGGACCACAUUGUCAAGGAGAGAUACCCCACUUUCAUUGAUGCUGUGCGGGACCUGGACGACGCUGUCUCCAUGUGCUUCCUCUUUUCAACUUUUCCUCGCACUGGCAAGUGUCACGUUCAGACUAUCCAGCUUUGCCGCCGACUCACUGUGGAGUUCAUGAACUAUGUCAUUGCUGCACGGGCUCUGCGCAAGGUGUUCCUGUCCAUCAAAGGCAUCUACUACCAGGCUGAAGUGAUGGGGCAGCUUGUCACCUGGAUAACACCUUAUGCCUUUGCCCACAAUCACCCAACAGAUGUGGAUUACAGGGUGAUGGCCACCUUCACAGAGUUCUACACCACUCUCCUUGGCUUUGUCAACUUUCGCCUCUACCAGUCCCUCAACCUUCACUACCCACCAAAGAUUGAAACCCAAGCUGCAGUUGAGCUGAAGCCGGAGGAAGGGGAGCCAUAUGCUUUGGACUCUGAGAGCUACAUGGAGAAACUCUCAGCUCUUAGUGCCAGUCUGGCUCGAGUGGUUGCUCCGAAUCCAGAGGAUGAGACAGAAGCGGAUGAGUUCCCUGUGGAGGGUGAGAGCACAGAGCAAGAGGAGGCUCGGCAAAAGGAACAGGAGGCCCUGGAGAAGCAGAAGAAGCUAUUUGAGGGGUUGUGCUUCUUUCUGAACAGGGAGGUGCCCCGGGAGCCACUGGCAUUUGUUAUCCGGUGCUUUGGGGGCAAAGUGUCAUGGGACAAGUCUGUUUGCAUUGGCGCAACAUACGAUGUGACAGACCCAGCCAUCACUCACCAAAUUGUCGACCGGCCUAAUAUCGAAAAAGAGGUCAUUGGCAGGUAUUACGUCCAGCCACAGUGGGUCUUCGACUCUAUCAAUGCCAGGCUGUGCCUUCCAGUGGCAGACUAUUUCGUUGGCGUGCUGCUCCCUCCACACCUCUCGCCAUUUGUUACUGAGAAAGACGGGGACUACAUACCUCCAGAGAAGAUGAAACUACUUGCCUUGCAGAGAGGCGAGGAACCAGAAGAUGACAGUGAGGAGGAAGAGGAGGAAGAUGAAGAUGCAACAGAAGGCUCUGAAGUGGAGGAGGACUCUGAUAAAGAAGAUGAGGGACGACUGAAGAAGAUGGAAGCCCAGAGGUCUCAGAGCAAGAAUCUCCCAGUGAAAGUGACAGCAGGCAAAGCCGUUAAAGAAGACAAGCAGCGGUUGGCACAAGAGCAGCAGAGUGAGGAGAAACGCUUGGCCAUCAUGAUGAUGAAGAAACGUGAGAAAUACCUCUACCAGAAGAUCAUGUUUGGGAAAAAGCGAAAGAUCCGAGAGGCUAACAAGUUGGCAGAGAAACGCAAAGCUCAUGAUGCAGCAUCAAAAGCAGAGAAGAAAAACAAGAAGGCAAGACGCAAGUAACACAGACCCUUCCUCUCAACCAA